CAAACGCCAGCGAGGGAGCUGAGAUGGCAAUGAGGAAGCUGCAAGACUUCCAAAGGGAGAAUGAGAGGAAGAGAGUGGAGCAGCAGGAGAAGGCUCGUCUCCGAGGGAAAUCUGCUCUGAAGAAGGAGCACCUUGCUCUGGAUCAUGAGCGGCUCCUUGUGGAGAUGCAGCGCUUGCAACAAGCAGACUUGCUGAGGAGGCGGCAGAAGGUGUCCCAGAUGCCACACCAGAUAUUCCAGCCUCUCUACAAGAGACAGGAGAUGAAGGAUGACUUCCAGAAGGAGAUGGAGUUUGCCUUUGAGGACAUGUACACUGGGGAAAGGAAAAUCAAAGGUGACCUGGUGGACGUGCUGGUAGCCGAACCCCUUCCCGAGGACCCGAGAAGUGGUCAGGAAAAUGAGCUGGAUGUCGGGCUACAAGAGCCCGCCACUUCAGAACCAGGAGACCAGCAAGUGGACCAUAAAGAAGAAGCACAAAGUGCUCAACAGGAGGAACCGGCUACUGUGGAGCCCCCAAGACAUGAUCCCAAAAAGCCCUUGAAGAAGCUCCUCAAUCGCAUCAGGAACCAGAGGAACCAGCCCACUGGACACGGCAGUCGCGUCCCUGCAUCACGUUCACAGAGCACCAUCCUCACUAAGGUCCCAGAGAGGGAGACCACUGUCGGGCUGGAAGUGAUCCCAGAGCGAGAUAAUACAAACCUCCAGCAAGUGCCAAGGAGGGACACAGUCGCAGAGUCGGAGGUGGUCUCAGGGCAAACCACCAUCGAGACGGGUUCUCUGAGCAGCCAAGCUCAGUUGGUUGAACCCCGAAGGCCCACUAAGGCCCCAUCAUCAGCAUCAUCAGCGGAGCCAACAGGCCAGCCAAUUCCAGCAGACACUCAACCCCCAGAUCAGCUUUCCACCAAAAUCAUGGACUUUGAAGAGGAGCGAAAGCAAAGGGAGAUGGACCUGGAAACGGAGAAGCAGCAGCAGCUGGCCAUGCUCAAAGAGCUGGAUGACCAGAAGGCUCAACUGGAGCAGCUGCUGUUGCUUGAAGCACAGCAGGAGGGAGAGCACACUGCAGUACCCGUUCAUGUCCGGGAGACCCAUGGUCCAGUGGCUGCUGAUGAUGAACAUGCCAGAAGAAUCAGAGAAUACCAAAAGCGCCUUCUGGAGCAAAACAGAACUCACAAGAAGUCUGUGGAAGUGGCUCGACAGCGCCUGCAGGAAUACCAGCAGGCUCUUAAAAUGACUCACAACAUGGCCGCUGUGUCUCUGCCGCCCGCUGUUGUGCCCCCCAGCGCCCUUCACCCAUCCACCAGCACUCAGCAUGCACAUGUUCCAACUCCCCCCCUGCUUCCUGGUGCCUCUGCAAUGCCGGCGCGCUUCCAUGAUGACCCUCAAACUGAUGUUCAAGUUUGCUCAAGACUGUCCGCUAGUCCAGCCUUGCCUCCCAGUCUUUCCCCCUCCACGUCCAGCUUGCUCCCCAGCGAAGUGGCGUCAAGUUCAAACAGUUCCAGGAACCAGAUACCGGAUGCCGGUGCCCUGCUGAGUAGUGUAAUUCCUUCUCAAGCGGUCACCAGAGAGAUUCUUCCUCCCAAACAAGUCACCAAAGAAUUGCUUCCUCAAGCCGUCACUACAGAGUCUGUCACCACCACCAGCCUUCCGUUCCAGCAAGUCACUGGUCCCAUUUCAACUGUCGCUGAGAGUGGUCCUCCUCUUCCCAGCUCGCCAGAUGAUGUCUCGGAGCGGUGGCGUUGUCGAGAGAACCAGAGGGCUCCUCAUGAGAGGCGACAGGUUGAGGACGAGAGUGUGGACAAGCCGGGACAAAGACAGGAAGACAACCUGGAUCUCAUGAGGCAGCAAAAGGAGACGUUGCAGGCUCUGAUCAAAGUGGAGGCACAACCCCCCAGUGAGGUCUUGCCACCAGAGGAUGCUGGUCAGACCCGCAUCAAACUACUUGCGUCCCUGCUCAAAGCCAUAGAAAAGUCUAAUGGAGGGCCAUCGCCUCCUAAGGAGGAAGAAGGCCCACAUCACCAAGCCCUAUCCACCAGUGAGACGGCCAUGCUGCCUCCUGCUCGAUCAGCCAUGCCCCCGGUGUCUCGGGUCCGGCUUGGUACUACCAUGAAGGAACAGCAUGAGCUCAGUGUGAUUCAAGAAGUGGAGACUCCAAUCGACACCAGCCUGGUCACUGGUCAAGAGGAUGUUUUCUCUGUACCACAACACACCAUCGACUGGUCUCUGCAGGAGCAGUUUGAGUCCUCUGUGGCCAACGAGCACAUGUUACACACCCCCUCCAUGUCCAGCAGCGAGCAGCAGUCUGCUGAAAGCAGCGUGGGGACGGAUUCAACAGGGUCCCGCCUACACCUCAGUCGGCAGAGACUGCUGAUGGGGACGGAAGCAACCCCAGACUCCUCUGAGCAUGAGCCUUUACUUUCAUCCGACUCUGGGUGGGGGGCCGACUACUUGGGUCCUGCGUUCAAAAGGCGCAUCUCCCCAGCAGAUGAUGGCAGGUCACCUGGGGAAGCAACUCUGCUGUCCGCACAUGGACAUCCUGAUUUAAACUUCUCCACCACUACCCUGUCCACUGGGAGCUACAUCACCAGCGAACCCGAGGCCAAUGCUACUAAAUCACCCGUCCUCGCUCCUCCACACUCCUCGAUGAGUGACAGCCCUGCUGUGGGCCCGUCCCACACGACUCAACUGGCCUCUCUGUUCAGGGACAGCAACGUCCAGCGCAUCAUUGACCGAUACACCAAAGAACUGGACGUCUCUUUCGGCACUGCCAGUAAAAGCACAGACAGUGAUGGCUCUUGUUUGGUGGAGCACCCCUCUUCGGUUUCCCAGCAGUCUUUGCAGGAGGUCACUGACAGGCAAAGGGAGGAUGAAGAAACAUCUCAAGCUGCCCACACAAGUGACUUGACCGCCAAGUUCUCGGCCAUCGAGGGUCAGGACUCGUUCAGACCUCUGAUCGGUCAGCUGGAUCAAUCAUCCUGCCUCGUUGCUGAUCACAAAGACUCCACCAUGGAGCAGCUGGUCGGUCAACCGACGGCUCACUCGUCCAUGAUUGGUCCAUUGCCUGGUCUGCCACUUCUGUCUGGUAUCGGUCAGAGUAGAUGGGGCUUCACUUCCAGUCGCCGUGUCUCCCAACAGUCGAGCGAUCGCUGGCUGAGAAACGAGCAGGACUUGUUGGCCGGUCAAUUGACUUCUCAGACCACCUCAUGGUUAGACGCGUGUCCAGAGAGCUCGAUGAGACCGCUGGUCGGGGAGUUGGAUGUGUCCUCUGGCCAGCAAAGCAGCAGCUCGGGUGAAACAACCGGCAUGGAUCUUGGUGCCAUGACUGAGGCCACCGUGCCUUCCUCCCCAUCAUUACCUGCUGAAACCUCCUUUCACAGUAGUUCUGUCCCGGGUCUCAAUCCCGUGCUUCAGGUUCGGCCAAGUGCAGUAGCAGCAGGCUCACAGUACAAUGAAGGAGCCGACUCCUUUCACCCUCUCCCAGCUGAGCUCACCUACAACAGGACGGCAAACGCAUCUGCGAUAUUUCACAUGCCUGAUCCAGACAUGCACAACUUAUCCGUGGGACAGCCGUCGGGUGGAGAACUCAGCAUUUCCACACAUUCCGACUUCCGAUCACGCAAUGGUGAAUCAGACAGCGAGCAGUCUACCGAGGGCUUGAGAGCGGAAGACGCCUCUUGCCACGAAGCAACCUCCUUGCUUGUGCUCUCUGCAUGCGUGUCUCCUACUGCACAGCCGUCUCAUUCAUCUGCAAGCGACACCUUGUCCACGUCCAGCAUCCUGCUACAAGAGGAUGUGAAACAGCCCGAGGCUCCACUUCCAUUUUGUGACCUGCCCACCGAAGAGAUGCAUGAUCAGAGUUUGAACUCGAAGGACAUGGCUGCUAAGCUACUGGAAGACGCCACCGAGGGCAUCCUGGAGCAGUCCCAAAUAACGCUGCUGAGUUUGACUGACACAACGCUGCAGGACAGCAUCGUGUCUGAGGAAGACGGAAUGUGGGAGGAGGCGUUGACAUUGGAAAACCUGAAAGGCCAAGAGGAGUCACAAGUUACAGGAGAGAAAUCCUCAGAGGUCUUUGACAUCCAGGGUCCAACGCUUGCAGGUACGCUCCUUGAAUUCAACUGGGGUCCCAGCCGAAACCUGCAGGGGUUUGAGCAGAAGCGUAAAGCUCUGUGUGAAAGGUCAACCCGCCGGGCAGAGCAGCUCAAAGCCAAAGCUGCUCUUUUCAGGACUGGGCAAUUUAGCAACGCUGCAGUGGAACUUGGAUUGCAGUCUGAGGAACAUCCUCCAAUUUCAUACAAAGCCAAGACUCGGCGUGAAGUUCAACAUGACACCAAGUCAAACACGGCAAAGUCAACCUUGAGCAAGCAACAAAAGCCGCAACCUCCUCAAGCAGUGAGCACAUCUGUGAUCCACAACCCAAGUGAAAUCAGAAAAGGCAAACAAGACCUCUUGGAGAUGCACAGGCGAACUCAGAGACUGUAUGAGCAGCUGGAGGAGGUCAAGCAGCAGAAGGGCAUCAAGACCAGACAAGAGGCUUACGCCAACAACCGAGAGAGGGCCAAGGCAUUCCACAUGAAAACUCUACAGAAGCUUCGUGCCAAGCAGACUCCACGCUGAUGGACCCAGUGGGUGUUUACUUAAGUUAUUUUAUUAAUAAAGCUUUUAAGUUAUUCGGAU